AUGGACCCAUCGACACACCAGGGAUCCCCAUCCCAGCCACCUCCGGGCAGCCACGACAGCAACGACAACGACCAUACCCAACACCGAGUGCGCUUCGCCGAAGGAGAACCACAAGCAAGCUACACGAUUCAUCAACCGACCCCGAAGCGCGAACAACAUCACGCCGCCGCAUCCGUUGCCGCGCCACCGGCCGUGUAUUGGGACAAUAAAAAACACAACGAUAGCGACAGAGAGAGCGAUGCCAAUCUUGCAGGAUACACAUUCUACCGGGAGGGGACACCUCCUCCGCCCGACUACGAGGGGCCGGGGAAGCGACUGGGCCGUGGAGGACCGGGGACGAUAGGCGAAAGCUCGACAGUUGGCGGGGGAACAAUACGCAGUAAUGGCGAUUACAGCAUCGGUCCUCUCAACCCCCUCGAGACCAACUGGAGCCAGAACGACGGCAACAAUCCGCCCCCGACAAAAAGGAGAAAGGUUUUAUGGGCGAUCAUUGCCGCCGCCGUCUUGGUCAUCGUUGCCAUUGCGGUUGGUCUUGGGGUCGGCUUAGGCGUGGGGUUACCGAAGCAGAAAGGGGCUCACGCAGACGCCGUAGAACAACCCACAAGUUCAAUAUUGGUCUCAGGGCCCAGCAACAGCCCGGCACCAACAGACCCGCCAACCAACGCUCCUGGCGGCACCGGAGCCGCCGCAGGAGCCACAACCGGGUCAGCCGCCGCCCCACGGCCGACCUACAACUCGGAUUGCCCUGCCCUUAACAACACGGUUUAUAACGUGCCAGGCUCGACCAUCAGCUUCCGCCGGGUGUGUGGUAUCGACUACAGCGGCGACGGCGCCACUGACCUCGCACACGCCUGGACGGACAGCAUGGCCGAUUGCAUGAACAGCUGUGCCUCCUUCAACCAGUGCACAGCGUGCGCAUGGGGCUAUUUAGAGGGGGACCGGGGCGGAAAGCACCGCUGCUACAUGAAGACGGAUCUGAAGAAGUCUCACAAAGCAGCGAGCGAUUGGUGUUUUGCCAUUUUGCAAUAA